UGCAUCACAGUAUCAAAACAAAGGCACACUGACAUUCACUCUAAUCGUGAUGAAUGUCAGCGAGCGUGUUUCAUGCUGAUACACCCCAGCAGCUCAUGAAUACAAGAGAAAAACAGGAAAACAGCAGGAGGAGCAGGAGAGGUGAAGAACCAGAAAUGAAAGAGUGUGUUGCAGAGGAGAUAUUCUGCAUCACACUGCUGUAAUCACUAGAUAAGAGAAGAUGUGAGAUACAGAGAAGCUGUGUUGAAGGAAGAUGGCGAGCAGCGGAAGAUGAUUGGAUGAGCAGUGAGGAGGCGUGGCCGGAGUCUGAAUGAUUUGUGCGACAGUUACUGGAGAAAGAGAGAGGCGAGAGACUGUGCAUUCAGAACGUGUGUGUGAGUGUGUGUGUGUUUGAGGGGGUGUAUGAGCACAGGAAUAAUCAGGAGAGACACAGAGAGACGGGGCGGUGUGGAUGCUGUUCUGCGGUAGCUGUUGGGUUUUUCAUCCCGUGAGGAUCAGUCUCUGCUUUAUACCUGGAACGAGCAGCACUUGACGCAGCGGAGGACAGAAGAGGGUCGAAGGAGUGAAGCUGUUAACACUCGGUCGGACCUCUGAAUCCUGAAGAAAACAUUCACAGCCGAGAGGAACAAAGACGCAGAGGUAGAGGAAGAAGCAUCAAGAAGCGGUAUGGAUAAGGGAUGUCGAAUUUAAGGAGAGAAACUGACUGUAGGUUUGCCAGAAAAUGAGAAGCAGGAUAAGGGACAGGAUGAAGAGAUGAUGCACUGGGGCAAAACUGAAGACUGAAACCUUGACUGGCAAAGCAGGACAAGCCUCUGUGUAUUAUAAAGCGUGUUUGUUCAUCUGUAUUCAUCUGUUCAUUCAUGCUGUCUGGGAAACCUUCAGAUGAUUUGGAGGUCAAGAAAAUACUGGAUUUUUUUGCAUGGUCCAGCCGUGAGCAGGACUUCUCAUUGCUCCCCUAGUAGAUGUCCAACAGGACAAGGGUUGUUUAUUUGCCAGGAGGCCAGAGGCAUGAGUGCCAGCAUGCACUUGUCAGAAAUGAAUCGGGUUAAAUGCAUGGUUGUAAAGAGGUUAACUGCUAUGCAUCAUUGUGGUGAGACAUCUUCCCUAAUGAAGCAUCAUUAGAGCACAUAUGCCAUUGAUUGAGGCUCAAGAAAGGAUUAAUUGCAUUGCAGGAAAUUACUGAAGUGCAUCUGAAAGAUAUUGAAUCUGCAGUUUAAAGUGAUUAGACUGCUAAGGACUGUGGGUGACUUUAUCGCUACACUUCCUAACGUUUGCCUUGCAGACCAAAGACCGCUGACUUCUAUUUAAAAACUGUAUACCCCAACUCAUCAAUAAAUAAAUAAUAAUGGCCAUGCUGUAAGGGUUGUGGGCUUGUGCUUUCCAACUUGCCAUCUUAUCACUUUUCUUACUUUGUGACUUCAGUCUUGUAAAAGUGGGGAUCAUUUGGCCCCUGGGGGUCCGGGCUGCGGCCCCGGCCCCGGGCCCCAAACCAAAAAUGCGUCGCUCAAGUACAGAUGAAACCCCGUACCGCCGGAGUCCCUCUCUGGACAGCAAGGGCUCGCCGCCUCUGCGCUACAGCGGGGAGUACGAGUACCACAGCUCGCCCUUCGUCUUCGGCCUUCGUACCACACCGGGCUCAAAGAAAGCUACAGCCAGCUACACCACCGCACAGGGCCGGAAAUAUGUAGUGUUUUACCUCGACCUGUCCUUCAUCUUUCUUCUAGAGCUGCGGCGCUGCAGGAUGGCCGAGGGCUGCCUGAGGGCCCUGAGAUACGGGAUGGUUUUCUUCAAUCUGCUCUUCUGGCUGGGCGGCUGUGGGAUUCUGGGAGUAGGAGUUUGGCUUUCCAUCACACAGGGAAACUUCGCCACCCUCUCCUCAUCUCUACCGUCGCUCUCUGCCGCCAAUCUGCUCAUUGCUGUGGGAAGCAUCAUCAUGGUGAUUGGCUGCCUGGGCUGUGUGGGCGCGGUCAAAGAGAAUCGGCCCUUACUCCUGAGCUUCUUCAUUCUGUUGCUCAUGAUAUUAUUGUUGGAGAUUCUGUUCAUGAUUCUGUUCUUCGCAUAUCAAGAUGAGAUUGAUCUGUAUGCACAAAGCGACCUGAAGAAAGGCCUGCAGCUCUUUGGGACUGAAGGAAACAUCGGACUGACCAACGCCUGGAGCAUCGUCCAAACCGACUUUCGCUGCUGUGGGGUGACCAAUCACACAGACUGGUUUCACGUGUAUAACGCGACGCGUGUGCCGGACUCCUGCUGUCUGGAGUACAGUGAUAACUGCGGUCUGGAGAAUCCUGGCACCUGGUGGACAGCGCCGUGUUACGAGCGAGUGAAGGGCUGGCUGCAGGAGAAUCUGGUGGCUCUGUGGAUCUUCGCUCUGUGUACGGCUCUAACACAGAUCCUGGGGCUGGUGUUCUCCAUGACUAUAUUCUGUCACGCUGUGAAAGUGGAGACCUUCUACGCAUAGAGACGUGGAACUGGACCAAACACAUUCCUGCUUCUUCAUUGCACACUUCUGUCUUCAUGCUGUAGCAAUCAGUUGUCACGUUUUGCUAACACACUGACAUUUGCAACAUGAUUUUAUAAUCCAGAUCAGCUCAAAGAAUGAAAAUGGCUCUUUAUUGAGAAUAUUUAAUGGACAGUUUUUUUGUUUAGUUUUUUUGGUCUAGUUGUGAAGAAAAUACAGCAAUUUUAAAGAAGGAGAGCAGUCACUAAUUUUAUAUUUGUAUAAUUUCAUAUUAAGACGUGUGAAAUUAACAAUCGCUGUUUAUAUUUAUUCAGAGCAAGUUCUCAAUAGAUGUAAAAGCUACGAUUUUAGAUCACAUUUUUGUAUAUUUGAUUUAUUUGGCAUAGUCUUUAAAACAAAAAAUAAUAAAACAGACACAUUUUACUUAAA